ACUGUGUAUUUGGCACCUUGCAAGGCAAGUCCAUAAAAGUGCUACUCAUCUGCAAAGUCGGUCAAGUCCUGACAGGUAUUUCAAACAGCAAUUUGAUCACAGCCAACAUUUCUGUUAAAAAUUUAAUUAACGUUGUAGUUGAAAAAUUCUGUCGUCUGUAGUGUUUCCUUUCUGCAGCCAAUCCCCAGCACCGUGCCAACUGCACAGACCACACCGCCACAGAGCAGUGAGGGGGCAUCAAAGCUGCUGUUCGGACGCAGCCGGAGGGCAGGGGCAGUGUGCAGGGUGGGGGGAGGAUGGCUCACUGGGGAGCUGAGGGGCGGCGAGCACUGUGGGGCAGAAGGAGUCCUGCGCUGCAGGUCACCGUGUCUGCAACCAUCACCAAACACUCGUUCCAUUAUCAGGAACAUUUCAGAGCUCUUGAGAUUAGUGGCUGGUGCCAUGUAAACAGAGCCUUAUAUUGGGCAGACGGAGUUACCACCAGGCCAGCACGCAGCGGGAGGAAGCCAAGGCCAGCCCCAGCCCUCAGUCUGCGAACAAAGAAGGACCCGAGAUGGGCAACAGCCUGAAAGCCAUUGUCGCUUUUGUGCCCUCCGAUGAGUGCCAGAAGUACCUCCUGGAGGACCUGGAGGAGAUGCCCGUGGACAAAAUGGUGGAUCUCAGCGGCAGACAGCUGCGGAGGCUGCCUCUGCACAUCUGCUCUUUCAAGGAACUGGUCAAGCUGUACCUGAGCAACAACAACCUGACACAACUCCCUCCCGAGCUGGAGCAGCUUCAGAACCUGCAGAUUCUGGCAUUGGACUUCAACAACUUUCGAGCACUGCCGCUGGCCGUGUGCGCGCUGAAGCAGCUCUGCAUCCUCUACCUGGGCAACAACAAGCUCUGCAGCCUGCCUCUCGAGCUGCGGCUCCUGCAGAACCUCAGGACCCUCUGGAUCGAGUCCAACUGCCUGCAGCAGCUGCCCGAGGUGGUGUGUGAGCUCAGCCUGCUCAAGACGCUGCACGCUGGCUCCAAUGCGCUGCGCACGCUGCCCACCCACCUGCGGCGCCUGCGCGAGCUGCGCUCCAUCUGGCUGUCGGGCAACUUGCUGGCUGAGUUCCCCUCCGUGCUCCUGCACAUGCCUUCUCUGGAGGUGAUCGACGUGGACCGCAACGCCAUCCGUUUCUUCCCCAGCCUGGCCCACCUACCCGGCCUCAAGCUGGUGAUCUAUGACCACAACCCCUGCCGAAAUGCCCCCAAGGUGGCCAAGGGGGUGCGCAGGGUGGGGAGGUGGUCGGAGGAGAGCCCCGAACCCCGCAAGCGCUCCGGGGCUGUGAUUGAAAUCUCGCUCAUUGAGAGACCGUCACCACCUCCUGCCAACAAAGCUGAGCCAGAAGUGGAGGCCUGCUAAUCUCUGCCGGCCCACAGCACAACAGAGGAAGCAAGAUGCAGCAGAGCUCUGUUCUUACAGCUGCCAUCUUCUUCCCAGACGAUCUGUGACCGCUCUGGUUUUGUUGUUGCCAAGUAGCAGUUAGAAUGAUUGUGAAGGCAGCUGCAUGCAGUUCUGCUGGUUCUUGUGCCUGUAAGUUCUGCCUUGGGGGCAGCUGUGGGUGCCAAGGUUUGAUGCAGUAACAAAGAAAACCUAAGCCCCGGCUAAAAUGGGAGAACCAUAGCUGCAGCAAACGGAAGCCUGCAUGGGGAACCAGAGGGCUGGGAGCCCACCUCUCCAGGCUCACGCAGGAGCUGUAGAUGAGGCAAGCCUACUGACUGUCAAGCCAGCACAGAACAGAGAUGCAGUUCAACGCGUCUUGAUAUUUAGCUUUUGAUUCCACAGCUGUUUACUGUAAGACAGCCCUCUUCCACAGGGCAGGCAGCCCUCGGAGCUGCAGGGCAGCCAUGUCCCUCUCCCCAUCUCCACUGUGAUCAGAGCCACCUUCCCAGCACAACAGGCAGCAGUGACAGCUGGCUGCCCCCAAAACCUUGGAGCCAGUGCUGGUUUGUGACUGCUUAACAUCAUUCUCAAAAAAUUCUCUGAAAAUAUAUGCUCUAUUCACACUUGCUGGCUUGUUAAAUGAAAUCUGCAUUUGGAUCUGGCUGGCACCUACAUGAGUGUACUUGCUAUAUUCAUUAAAUUAAAUAAAGCGUUUCAGAGUCUCAUUGGACUAUC